GCCCUGCACCAUCAGACAGAGCCGCCCGUUCCCCGGAGCCGCUGUGGGGCUGGAAGCUCCAUCCCCUGCCGUGUCCCCCUCCUCCCAGGCCGGGCACACCGAAAAUGGAGCCACGUCCCGGUGGCAUUUGUGCCACAGACCCCACUGGUGGAACGGAGCCGGCAGCACCGGGCAAAGGGGGGAAAAACCUUCCCCGGUCCCGCUCUGUCCCAACACUUGCUCGUCCCCGCUCUGUCAUUUGCUGUUUUUCUUGCAGCAAUAGCUUUUUUUAGGGGCCACUGCACAAACGCUGUGUGAGGGGAAAGGCUUUUCUCUCUCCACAGAGGCCGGACGCAGCCGUGGCUCCUGCUAAUCCCGUGGGAUGAGUGGGUUUGAUCCAGCUCUUUCCCGAGUCCCGACAGGCAGGUGAUACCAUCUCUCCUCCAUCAAACAGCUAAUGGGCAAAAAAACUGCUUUGCCCAAAGCUACGGGGAGUCAUCCCGAAAUCCCAGCACUUCCUUAUCUCCCCGGGGGGUCGGGGGAGGCUCAGGCUCGACAGGAACCGGUUGCUGGAGCGUGUUUGGAUAAAUCCUCCCCAAACUUCUGGGUGCACAGAGCUCUCACACGACGGGUUGUCGGUCCUGGGGGCCGGGGGCUCGGAACGCCCCGCUCCCCGGGGCCCCACAACUGGUAGAUCUCGUUUGCUGGCGGGGUUUGUCUCUGCAGAACAAAUGAGGAAACACAACUUUAACUUUCUGGGAGGGCUUUCCACCCGCCGGCCGGUCGGUGACUGCACCGACGUGGGCUGAACCUCCCCAGAGCAGCUUGUGAGGAAUUCCCUGCGUGUUUCUGAGCGUGGCUCAGCCCAGUGGAGCACGGUUGAGCUUUUUAUCUGCUCUUCCCACCCCCCAGACAAAUUUAUAAUGCCCCCCCAGCACUGCCCAAGUGGGCUGUGAGGGUGGUGGGACCAAAGUGUUUAUUGGUAGUGGCCAGCAGAAAGCCAUGUCAGAGCAGGAAACACCCAAAACUGGGAAAAAUCAUAGAAUUGUAGGAUCAUAGAAUGAUUAGAGUUGGAAGGGACCUUAAAGACCAUCGAGUUCCAACCCCCUGCCCUGGGCAGGGACACCUCCCACCAGCCCAGGUUGCUCCAAGCCCCCUCCAACCUGCCCUUGAACCCCUCCAGGGAUGGAGCAGCCUCAAAUCAGCGUGUGGAGGAAGAACCCUUUCUCUGGGCUGUGCUGGGUGGAAGCGGAGCCCCCCCUGCCCCGUGUCCGUGCCCCAUCCCCUUCCCUCUGCUCUUCCCUCCUCUCCAGGCGAUGGAUUCUCCCUACGCCAACGGAGCCUACAGCCCCCCGUACCCCCCGGCGGCGGGUGCUGCCCCACACUACGCCGUCCCCCCGCAGACACGGGGGUACUACUGCUCCAGGGCCCCACGCACCUCCUACCCCACCGACUCCACGGGCAUCUACCGGCCCCCCUCGCCCGCUCCCCCCUGGAGCUACGUCCCCCCGGACGGCCCCGUCGAGGGCUCCUCUCUCCGCAGGCAGCAGGUUCCCGGCUACUCCCCGCCGCAGACCCCGGGCAUGCCCAUCCCGCAGUAUCCGUACGGAGACAAUCCCGGGGUGACGCCGCAGGGGCCUCCGCCACAGCCCAGAGCCCCGGAGGACUCGUGGGGUCCCCCCAUCUAUGGGGUGCAGCCCCGUUAUGCCUGGCCCGCUGCCCCCACCCUCGGGAGCCCCUUCGUCUCCGAAUCGCAUCCACCCUGGACCGGCAGUGGAGCUGCUCCCCACCCUCCCACGUGGGACUCAAAGGACAGCGCUUACGACAGCCCCGAGCCAAGCCCAAAACAGCACCACUACUAUCCUGAUGCCCACCACCAGCACGCUGGGACAAUGAGUGACCCCAAGCCAGCCCCCCCCAACCCCCGGGUGCAGUACAGUGCCCAGCCCCACAUGUAUGACACUGCCCCUCGGAAGCCCUCGACCAACAGCCGGGGGGCUGGUUUUAAACCCAACGACCAGCCUUCGACCAAUUCUGGAGCCAUCCAGCCCGAGAUCCAGCGAAUCCUCCAGGUGGUGGGGGAGGCUGAGCAGCUGGAGCAAGAGGUGGAUGAAUUCGUAGGAAAAAAGACAGAUAAAUCCUACCGGCUCCUGGAGGAGAUGUUGACCAAGCUGCUGCUGGAACUGGAUUCCAUCGAGACUGGUGGCCAGGACAGUGUUCGGCAGGCCAGGAAAGAGUCCGUCCACAGAAUUCAGGCCAUACUGGAAAAACUGGAAAGAAAGGGAUUGUGAAAGCACAUCAGCCACAACACACAGGCCGUUGUUGAGGCUCCAAAGAGUUUUAGUUCUGUUAAAUCUCAGCUCUUUCUGCUACGCACUAUUGACAAUGGAAUAGCAAUAAGCCCCGACUUAAACACACAAAUAAAACCACCAACCGACCCCCCCCCCGCCAGCCCAGCCCCAACC